AUCCAGUUUCUUGCAUCUUGUUCCUUAUAGAAAUUGCCUCGGGAUUUAUCCUGAUUUAAGAACCUGAUAAGAGUAAGGUUUUAGUAAAAAAUCACCGGGCCAGGAGCCAAGACCCACCUCUUCACUAAUUUGAUAUUGUGCAAGCCAUCUUACCUCUCUGGAUCUCAGCUGCUUCAUCUGUAAAAAGGAGAGAAAAAUUCUUUACCUGUCUGAAGAUGAGGUGGAGGACCAUCCUACUUCAAUAUUGUUUUCUCUUGGUUACAUGUGUACUUACUGCUCUUGAAGCUGUGCCUAUAGACAUAGACAAGACGAAAGUACAAAAUAUUCAGCCUGUGGAAAGUGCAAAGAUAGAAGCACCAGAUACCGGACUUUAUUAUGACGAAUAUCUCAAGCAAGUGAUUGAUGUGCUGGAAACAGACAAACAUUUCAGAGAAAAGCUCCAGAAAGCAGAUAUAGAAGAAAUAAAGGUGUCUUAUGAUCCACAUAAGGCAGGGGAUUUUAGUGCUAAGACCACUGAUGCCACCUGCUGUAAUAAAUCAUCCACUGCCUGA